AAAAGUCAUGUGACGUUUCGGACAGCUCGGACACGUGAAAUCGACCACAGCGCGAUCUCCGGAACUUUUAUUUUGAAGGCCAAAGUUUGCAGCUGUGUUGAAGCUGACCUCAAACACCUCUGCUACGGCUGUUACUGUGAUGCCUACACUGCCAGUCCUGAGAAAUGUCAGCGUACACAGCUCUCCUGAACCGCCAUGCAGCAACAUGCUGCCACAAGGUGGUGCUUGGUGUUCAUUGGCCACUUGUCCACAUUCCAUCAGCUUGUGUUUCUGAGUCAGCCGCAAAGAGAAUGGAUGAGGAACUUCUCAAGGAGAAAGUGAGCCGCUUGCCAUUCUCCAGAGCUCAGACAGGACCAUUCUUUCAGGAAAGGCCGGUGCUGAAGAACCCGUUUCUAGAGGACGCCCUGCUGAGGGGAUACUUGAGGAGGCACCUGAAUCAGGAGGCUGCUUUCUCAGACUUGUGUGCAUUUGGAGAGCGAGUGGCUAAUGAAGUGGACAUAUUGGGCAGAGAAUGUGAGGUUACUCCUCCUCAGUUGGUGCACUUUGAUCCCUGGGGUCGCAGAGUGGACCACAUUGUGACAUCCCCAGCUUGGAAACGCCUGAAAGACCUGUCAGCGCAGGAAGGGCUGGUUGCCAUUGGCUACGAGAAGCCACUUGGAGAGUGGAGCCGUGUCUACCAGAUGAGUAAGAUGUACAUAUUCUCUCCAUCCUCUGGACUCUACACCUGCCCUUUAGCCAUGACUGAUGGAGCUGCUAAAGUUAUCCAGUCCAUAGGUGUCUCAUGUCCAGUAGAUGAAGCCUACAGACGUUUAACCACCCGUCAACCUGAUCAGUUCUGGACAUCAGGACAAUGGAUGACUGAAAGACGAGGAGGAUCUGAUGUGGCUAAUGGCACAGAAACUGUGGCCAUUCUGCAGGCAGAUGGUUCAUACAAACUACAUGGCUUCAAGUGGUUCACCUCUGCCACAGAUGCAGACAUGACCCUCACACUGGCCAGAGUGCAGGACAGAACUGGAGCAGCUACACCGGGCAGCAAGGGCUUGUCUCUUUUCUAUGCUGAGGUGCGUCGGGAUCAGGACGGUGGGCUGAAGGGUAUAGAGGUUCAAAGACUGAAGGACAAGCUGGGAACCAGACAGAUGCCCACUGCUGAGUUACUGCUGGACGGUCUGCAGUCACACAGGCUCUCAGAAGAAGGAAGGGGUGUGGCCUCCAUAGCCAAUAUGCUGACUAUAACCAGGAUCCAUAACAGUAUUUCUGCAGCAGCAGCCAUGAGAAGGGUGGUACAGUUAGCACGGGACUACGCCACUCGUCGCACGGCCUUUGGGAAGCUUCUUAAAGACCACCCACUGCACAUGCAGACCCUUGCCAGGAUGGAGGUGGAGACUCGGGGAGCCUUCCUCCUGGUUAUGGAUGUGUGCCGUCUGUUAGGCCGAGAGGAAACUGGCAUAGCAACCCAGCUUGAGACACAGUUGUUACGCCUGCUGACACCAGUGGUCAAACUGUACACUGGGAAGCAGGCGAUGGCUGUGGUGUCAGAGGGUUUGGAAAGUUUUGGCGGACAGGGCUACAUGGAGGACACUGGUUUGCCUGGAUUACUUCGAGAUGCUCAAGUGUUGUCUAUAUGGGAAGGUACAACGAAUGUUCUGUCUUUGGACGUGCUGCGCUCCGUAGCUCGUAGCUCAGGAAUGGUUCUUCAAGCUUAUUUCACACAUAUCAAGUCUCUGCUUGCAGGCGCCACCGCUCUUCCCUUGUUGGCCGCGGCUGUGGAAGCAGUUGCUGGGGCUCUGUCUGAACUCCAGGAGUUUGUACAAAUGGCAGGUAGCAGAGAACCAAGAUACCUAGAGCUGUCAGCCCGGGAUCUGGCAUACAGCCUGGCACGAACCUACACAGGGGCUCUUCUCAUUGACCACGCAUGUUGGAAAGGAGCCUCUCCAUCUGAUACUUACACUGCACUCAGGUGGUGUGAACAGGACUUGUGCCCCGUCGUAACCAAACAGGCGAGAAGCUGGUACGACUCCAACACUCCCCCACGUGAUGCUGCACUGGUGUUUGAUAAACCAAUCCACGACUGACUGUUUUAAGAAACCUGCUGCUGUUCUGCCACUGUUAGGCCUAAUACUGCUUUUCAUUCAGAAUGGGGUGUGAAGUUUCCCCAGUGAAAAGUCUUCAGCACCUGCAUUCCUAAGCGAACAAUCUAGAAGAACAAGUAUAACCACAUGGCGAUGACAAACGUAUAUGUGCACAGAGGUUCAUUCUCAGAAUUAUGCAAUAUUAGCACACCUGUUUUUCUUUUUUUAAAGAACACUAAAAAAAUAACGCAAAUAAACUAAUUUUGUAUGAUAUGAAUAUUUAAUAACAUCAGAGUUACUGAACAAGAACAAAUGUGCUUUCUUAUAGUCUAAUUUAAGAAAUACAAUCUGGUACAUGUUGAUGAAUUUGCAGUAAACUGAGUGAGGAAAGCCACCAAAACACCUGUGAUCACUCUGAAGAAGUUACAGGCUUCUGUGGACUUAGUGAAACUUUUGUCUGCUGCAUCAGCAGUGUCAUGGUGGAGUGAAGAAGAGAAUGACUUUGUUCUAAGAAAACUGAUCAGAUCUAGGCUCGAGUCUUCCAUGUGCCUUCUGGCAAACAAGUUGAAAUAUUACAUCUUCUUUUUACAAAAAUCAUCUAUGCCACUCCACCAUGAAGCUGUGUAAUUUGUGGUGCAACAGAAAAAAAGAUGCACAAUGCAGUUUCUCCAAUCACAGCUACAAGGACAACUUGUGGCUUCCCUCACUAAUGUUGUACAGUUACUUGGGUUUUGAGAACUGCCUUCUCCAGACAGUCAUUAUAUUUGACAAGGAUGUUUGGUUUCGCUUUGAUCUCUAUCUGAAUUUUAAUAAAUCAAUGAAAGAAAAUUUUUCUGAUAUGAGACAAGAAUGUUAUAUUUUCUUUUUGUCUUUUCUAUAUCUUAUACAUGUAUCAGAAAUAAAAGGCCAAUUUAUGAUGA